AUGAACGCUCUCAGUCUUGUGUCUAUAGUACUUCUCUGCCCUGGGAUAAUUUUCAGCGAUGGUCAUGCAAUCUCGGUUUCAUCUUCUCCCAAGUGCGAGGAAAUCCGCAUUGGCCUCUGCAAAUCACUACCAUAUAACCGCACUCAGCUACCGAACACUUUUGAACAAGCGUCUCAGUGGAUUAUAAAUCGCACUUUGUUGGACCUAGCCCAACGGCACAACUCAGGCAUCUGCUCGGAAGAUUUGCUUUUCUUUGUGUGUUCAUUAUAUCUUCCCAUAUGUGUUGAAAACAAUCGAAUUCCGAAGCCUAUAAAGCCUUGCCGUUCAGUGUGUGAAAAAGUGAAAAGAGACUGCCAGGCAGCCAUCGAUGACGUGACUGGAGAAGAAUCACAUCUGUUGCGGCACCUUCCAGAACUUGAAUGCAACAAACUUAAAACUUACGACCAGGGAGUAUGCGUGACCCCGCAUGCUUUCAACCACUCACCAGCAAGUAAGAAGUGUAGCCGGUAUUAGGCUUCUUUAUUGAAUGUUUAUCAUAAACAAUUUCAAGAGUGGUUUUAACCCGCGGGUUUUAAUUGUUGUGGGACGACUCAGUUCACCCUAUUCCAAUGCCAUAUUUUGGCAAGAUAAGAGCCAAAAAACUCAGACAGUUUUUACCAUAUUCAAAAACACUAAUUUCUCGUCAAUUUUGCAAUGAGGGUGAAUUUAUUGUUUUUCAGACUCAAGAGAUCUUUACAAACUGUACUGCAGCAAAUACAGACUAAAUACCUUUUAUCUUCAUAGGCAUACACAGGGGAUAUCCUUAUACUUUUAGACUGAUUCCGUUGGUUAUAUCUUAUAUUGUUGUCUGAUUGAAAUAUUACUAUUUUAAAAAAUUAAAAAUCAUCGUAAAGGAAAACCUCAUCAGAAGAAAUUAGAAUAAGGUAAAGGUGUUAAAAUAUUUCGUGUUAGACCACAAGCGUCAUUGAACGAUUAAUCAAAUCCUUGACAGGAAUCUCUAGCGCUAGUCACCCCGGCACUGGAGAUCAGUAGAGGAUUUAUUUUCCUGUCUUCAGUCGAAGUGUCAUUUGUUAAGAUUUUUUUGUUUGGAUGGUGGGUAUGAACGACCAGACCAUAGAUCCCCGACAAGAAAAUCUGAAAAAUAACGGCCUUGCUUGACAACGUUUUUAUCCUGGGGGCAUUUAAAAUGACUGAAGCCUAUUUAUGAGUUUGUAAUUAAAGGCCCAGGGGACUGUUGUUUCUUGAAAGUCCCGAUAACUUUUCGUGGCCCUUGAAGCUGUUUUUUGUUUGCCGGAUUUGAAUUCAAGAUCAAUGCUUCAAUAAUUUAUAAAAUGAUAAUAUGAAACGAUCAGUUAACAAAACAAAAUCGUCCCGUGUGAGCGAGGAACUUCGCUACUAUUCAGCUGGUUUUGAUUUCAAAAUUUGCCUUCGGACCCGAAAAGUUACCGGAUCUUUCGAGAAACGUGCCCCAGUGCUGUUACAUAACGUAUCGGCGAAUAGUCACCUCGACUUCGAAUUCGUCUCAGUUACUAUUCGCCGAUAUUCACGUCGCCUGAGGCGGCUAAUACAAUUAUUGUUUUAGUAUAAUUACAUUGAUUAUUAUUCGAGAAAAUAAGAUAAAAAAGAGACAGAUUUUUGAGCGAUUUUGGGGCUUUAAGAUGUCGGUCGAGGGCGGCUCUGAUCGACAACAAGCUGGUUUUCUUAUAAUAGCUGCCGUCGGUUUUCCUCACGGAAACGUACAAUUUUUGCCAGACAUUUAUUUAAUUCAUCGACUUCCAUUUUUUCUAUUCAUUUGUGAACUCUUGCUACGCUUCAAACCAUUCUGUAGAACAAAAUAUUUCGCAAUAGUUUCAAAAAGUUGCCGACACUUUGCAGCAAAAAAAUGUAAACAAACAUACCAGGUUUCAGUAAAUUGUUAUUUGCAAAAGAGAAAUUUUAUCAACCUACCUUGGAAUAGCUUGACUUCAAAUUUUGUAGCAUCUUUUGUUUUUUGAGGAACAACAUUUUCUUUAAAUUGAUCAAUUUCCAACAACGAAACAUCAGCAAAUCUGGCUGCUAUUAUUUUGAAAACUGCUAGCCUUCAAUGUUAUAAUCACCGCGCGGUAAUGAAGCGAAGCUCCUAGCCAAUCGUAGCGCUCAAUUUUGGAUAAUCAUCAAUGUAAUUAGUCUUAAAACAAAUAGAUGCAUUUUAGAGAUGAUAUAGAUUUGAAAUACAUAUGUACAUAAAUGUCAUUCAGUAGCACUGAACUCUUCAUUUUAUUUCAGCUCGCCGAUUGUCUUUAUGUUCUCCUUUUUUUCCUUAUUUUUGCAGAGCCAAAUUCGACCCUGAUAGCAGCUAACAGUGAGUGGCACAAAAAAGCGCUGAAAAGCAUUUUAAUUUACUUACUUAGUUACGCCUAUAGCAAUUAUGACGGAUUAGAAGACUUAGAGGGGUUGGAGCCUUGCCGAACAAACAUAGUUUACCCCAGACAUUUAGGUUUAAAAAAUAAAUCCUUUGCCUAUUAAUAUACUGUUUAAUAACACCGCAUGCAAUCAGCAGUCACAGUUGGUCACAGUUGAUAUUGCUGUGCACCAAGUAACGUAGUUGAAAGAACUGAUCUAUCAAGUAUGUUGCUUUGAAUACUGCAGCUACUCCUUUAUAGCUCCGGCAUGGUACCAUAGUAAGCUAUAGUAAUAAAGAUAACAAACACGCAGUAAUUGGUAAAAUUACCCUUUAUGUCUUCUUUACAUGGUGUUUUUAAGUUAAAAAGAUGAGUUUAUUUAAUCACUCACGUUUUUCUUAAAUUCAAAAGACACAAUUUUUGUAGAAAUUCCGAGCAAACUUAAAUAUUCGAAUUAGAAUUGAAGUCAAUCACAGUAGUGAUACAAGUACAGAGAAAAAAAUAAGUGAUUAGAAAGUAAUGCACAUUCUCUCGGCUUUUUUAAUAAUAAUAAUAAUAAUAAUAAUAAUAAUAACGUGAAUAUUUAUACAGGAUAACCUAUCACUUCUAAUAAAAAGAACUGUUAUCAAAAGUCAAGGCUACAGUUGUCUUACAGUCAAGGCUAGUUGUCUUCAUUAGCAUUAGCCUUUUGGCAGUACCAAAGAUCAUACACUCAGUUUUGCCCUUUUUUAGAUUAAGGACAAGCUCAUUAUCACGAAACCAAGAAGACAGGUUGUGACAAUUUUCACUGAGAUGCCUUUGAAUGGAUUCCAGAUCUUUAGCAGCCGUGAAAAUUACUGUAUCAUCUGCAUAAGUGAUGAUUGAGGUUGACUGAAGAGGCGUAUGCACAUCAUUAAAAUGGAUAGUAAACAAUAGCUGACCCAAUAUACUUUUGUAGACUUCUACUUCUACUCGCCACUAUUACUUCUAGAUUACUAUUGCUGGACACCGUCUCUAAUGAACCAUUUUAAAUAUCCAAACGCAGACAUGUUUUGAUCACAAACCGUGGGAAUUGAGUCACGUGACCCGAAAUUGAAUAAAUCUGCUCAGAAAAUCAAAACACAGCUACACGAUUACAAAAACCAAAUCAGAGCUCAUUCGAUGACCACAAUUUUAUCACAAGUUUCUUGCUUGAAUAUUGAGAAACAGACGUUACAUAAGACUAACCUUCACGCAAGAGCCUUCAUGUUUAACGUUCUAAACAUCACCAUUCGCGAUUAUAUUUUCUGUUUAGCGUGUUUUUUUUGCCCCGAAAAGAAGUUGUUCACCUUAAUCCUGGACUGGCUUCGAUAUUCUGAUUCUUGCUCUUUUGCAAUAAUGACAAUAAUUUUAAUGUUUUAUUUACCGUAAAUCCAUAAACUAGAAAUAUGGCUUUUCACCUCUAUUGCUAACUACAGCUCCAUAACUAACCUAUUUAUCUGCUAAUUUAUUGGUUUUAAAUUAUCAUUAUCAGCGAAAUUAUUCUGAUCAGUGAAAUGAUGAUGAAACGAAAACUUCAAAACUGGGAAAAAUACUAUAAUAAACGUCACUAAGAAUGCAGCCUUGCCCUCGCCUUAGUUUUAAGGUGCUUUGACGACUGACUCUUGAAAUGCUGAAAUCUGAGGAGUUCCUCAGGACUGCUAAAAAGAAAUGCUAUAAGAAUGCGUCCUAAAAGAGAUGGGUCUUGAGCUUUAUCCCAUAAUACUCAUUGCUAUAAAGAUUAGACUGUGUAUCUUUACUAACCAAUCAAUCACUUUUUUUCUAAGCGUAUCUAUGUUACUUUCCUCGGCAGAACAAGGAUUUAUCAAGAAGCAGGAUUUCUUAAAUGCCAACUUUGACUUUGGUACGUCUCUUUCUUUCACUUCCUUAACACAAUUUGUAGUCCUGGAUUUUGAUAUGAAACAUGGUAAUUGUGAGAGCUUUAUUGGUAAACUAGAGCUCGUUAUAGAACAAAGAAAGAGCAAUAUAAGUUGUUUGAACUACCGUGCGAAUCACUUCUUCUUGAUCACGUUUUUAUCACUUUCCGAAAGCAAUCUAUAUUUUGAAAUGUUUUUCAGGUUCAUUAGGAAUUUUGUCACACUGUGUGACCAAUGAGACAUCCUACCAUUCAUUUUUAUUUAACCUGAGAUCAGGCCUAAUUUUAGCGGUUCUCAUACAUUCUCUCUAACGCCUACCGCUAAAACUGGUUCUGUUUUCGUUUCGCCUUAACCACCGGAAUGUUAUUACAAAGCGAAACGAGAAUUGAGCCUAAAUAUUAGUAGUAAAGUAGGGAUGAAAUUAUUCCUUUUUGAGCAGGAAUCGCAUUAAAUUACACAGGAUGACGUUAACGUCGAUGAUCUUAUAGUCUUUUGUCUUUAUCUCAUGAAACAAUGCGGUGGAUAAGGUCAUGUGUCAGUUUUAUUACGUAAGUACUUUUUUUAACUGGUUUGCCAGCUUUCAGAUAGAUGUAUGUCUUGCAAGUUAAUGAGAUUCCUGUGCAAACAAAUGGAUAAUUCCAUCCCUACUAUACUACUAAAAAUUCAGUUAAAAUUUGUGUUUUGUUUUUCUACAGCGAUAAAAGGGAAAAUCCUGUCCAUUAUCCGAGUUCUCGCACCAAAAGGGUACAGCAUUCAGUUUAAUGUAUCGCGUGUCAUUGUCAAAGAUGGUUUUCUCUUCCGUGGAAGUGUGGUUCAGAUCUGGUCACAAUAUAACUACACUCGUUUUACCCAUAGCUUCUCUACGCACCUUGAGAUGAGCAGGAGAUAUGUGUUUCUUGGCCAUGGAAACCGAACAAAGGGAUUCACAAUUGGAUGGGCUUGGGCGUGGCCAAGAGAUAAACAUCUGGUGGACAAACUAAGAAAGUGGAAAUCUCAAUCAAGAAAAAGGAAUUCCGUGGAUUAA